GCUGCGCUUGACUGAGAGCGACCGCGUGCCGGUUCGCCUCCGUAACGCUUACACUGCGCCGUGAGCGUGUAAGUGUUAGAGGCAGGAAAAAAAUCUACAGAAGCCUGGAAAUGUUUUUGUAUCAGUCCCAGUGGCCUGCCAUGAAAGAUAUAUAGGCACUUGUAAGAAUUUGACAACGCUUCAGCAACAAUUAUCCAGACAGGAUUCUGUAACUCUUGGUGUUUGUUUUUCCUGUGAGAGAGUUGCCUGGAAAGAAGAUGUACGGAGGAGAAUUUACCAAGUCUUAUUCAAAAGUUUUGUGAUCAGCGGUCAGAGAGGCGCUAAUUAUUUGAUGAUGGCUGACGACUGAUGGAAUGACGUUCAAAGGAUGCAGGACAUCGUAGGAAAGUGUUCAUCAGUAAGUUAGAAUUACAAAUGAAGAUGAACAGCUACCACAGGCAGCAGCACUGAUAACCUCCUUCUGUUCUCAGUAGUAUCCAGAUCUGUUUUCUUCAUGCACAAAUCCCAGAAUUCCUCUUUUAGAGAAUCAAAGACGACUUGAGUGGAUUGAUUGCUCCAUGCCUUCCUACUUCUCUCAAUGAUCUGUUGUUGGAUGAUGAACAUGUGAUCUCCAGCUGUGUGACCUCAGAGGUGUAUGACAGUGUGUCUGAAGCACAGUGGAUUAGCUGCUUUUGAAGUAUUGAGACCCCAUGUGUCACCUGAGAUGGACCCUUUCUAGGUCAAGAGACUGCCACCCUGAGGCAUAGUCUCAAUCGCAAGAACAGCUGCUCAGAUUGGCUUGUGCAGAUGUGUUCAUGAAGAAAUCCAGGCUUUCCCUGUAUCCUGUCACGCUGUUUGGGGUUAGAUGCUUCAAAGAUCUCUUGGAGCUGUCUAGAGGAGGAGAAGAAAUCUCGUGCUCAGAUUUCUAGUGAAAAUUCUUCUGCUAACCUCCGUCUGUCUCUGAUGACCCAUCCUGAAAGAAGAAAAGAGAAAUAUUGUAAUGAAUCCACCUUUUCCAGGCAGGGUUUCUGUUCCCCCUGGAAAAGAUACAAAUGAAAAGAAAUGUUGGAGAUGCUGAACGUUCCUGUUGACCUUGCCAGCACUGGAAUAGCUAUGACUGGAGAGGUGCCUGCCUAAAAUGAACUGGGGUGGAUGGUGGAACCAGAGCAGCCACGGAAGCAUGAAUAUCCCAGAUGAGAAGAUGCCCUUACCUGUCCCUGUUCAAGCAGUCUGAGGCAUUUCUGUUGUGUAGGAUGGAGUCAGACUCUACAGGAUAAAAAUACCUUUCCAAUGAACAGAAAAAUAACCAAAAUGAAUACAUCAAAGAGCCCAAAAUAAACUGCCAACAGACGUGAAAAUCCAGAAGACAGAGGCUGAAGCGUUCCUGCCUUUUAGAUUUGGAAUUACUUUUGCAUACUCUGACAGUUUUCCCUUAUAAACGAGCGCAGGUUUUUAUGGAAGAAGAGGGCUGUGCUGAGCAUCAGGCAGGUUAAGCUCCGUGCCUUUGGAAGAGCUCUCUGAAAAAGACUGAGUGCUGUGCUGUGGUUGUCCAGGGAUUCUAUCACAGCCCAUGGUGGGCUGCAGGUGAUGAAAACGGGUUUGGAACACACGGUGUACUGUGGAGCAGCAGUGGGCAUUCUCGGCGGAGGAUUCUCAUGACAUUUCCAGAAAACCACAAACCAUCCCCGAGCACCAAAUAAGUAUUCUCUGUUCUGAUAGUUUGAAGUAAACUUUGAAUGUGGGAACUUGUUUGGCUUUAAUGGGUAGCUGUACGCUGCAGUGCUCACUGGAAAGGCUGCGAACAGCGUAAUCGUGAGCAAGCUGCCAAUAGUUCAGAAAAAGGGUUUUCUGCUUCUAUCCCUCCUUGAUUAUUCACACUUUAGACAGUUUGGUGAGAGUUCUACAUAGUCUCAAGCUUUCCGUGCCCACCAUCCUCCCCGAUAGAAGCAGCAAGCAGCCUUUUUCCUGUGUGGGGGAGUGUUAUUUACUAGCCAUGUCCAAAGGGCAAAUGUGGAUUCAGAACAUUUUUGCAUUCUUUUGGCUAAGGAUCAAAUGAAAUUAGAAAGCCAUUUGACUGCCUGGUGCUGCUACUGAUGCAGAUGGCUGAGUGGUGGGGAGCUGCCUGGGGAUCAGCUGGGAGCCCACUGAGCUUUGAUGUGAUCCUGCAGCCAUCUUCCUACUGAAACAGAGGGGGCAGCCGAACGGCAGGUUGCCCUCCAUGGACAGCAGGCAGCCUCAGGAGAAGGUGGUACUGAAGAAGAAAGUCACACUGCUGAGGGGGAUCUCCAUCAUCAUUGGCACUAUCAUUGGAGCUGGCAUCUUCAUCUCACCCAAGGGGAUCCUGAAGAACACGGGCAGCGUGGGCAUGUCCUUGAUGGUCUGGACAGCAUGCGGCAUCCUCUCGCUUUUCGGUGCCCUCUGCUAUGCUGAGCUGGGAACAUGCAUUAAGAAAUCUGGUGGUCACUACACAUAUAUCCUGGAGGCCUUUGGCCCGCUGCCUGCUUUUGUGAGAGUCUGGGUGGAACUGCUCGUUAUUCGCCCUGCUGCCACAGCAGUGAUAUCUUUGGCAUUUGGACGCUACAUUUUGGAACCUUUCUUUAUGCAGUGCGAAAUCCCAGAACUUGCGAUUAAACUUAUUACAGCUGUUGGCAUCACGCUAGUGAUGGUCCUGAAUAGCACAAGUGUCAGCUGGAGUGCCCGCAUUCAGAUUUUCCUUACCUUUUGCAAGCUUGUAGCAAUUCUGAUAAUUAUAGUCCCCGGAGUUAUCCAGCUAAUUAAAGGAGAAACACAGCACUUUAAAAAUGCCUUUUCAGGGAAUGAUGCCAGUAUUAUGGGAUUACCACUUGCUUUCUAUUCAGGAAUGUACGCCUAUUCGGGCUGGUUUUACCUCAAUUUUGUUACUGAAGAAGUGGAAAACCCUGAAAAAAAUAUACCCCUCGCAAUAUGCAUUUCAAUGAUAAUCGUCACAGUUGGCUAUGUGUUAACAAACGUGGCUUAUUUCACUACAAUCAGUGCUGGGGAAUUGCUGCUUUCAAAAGCUGUAGCCGUGACCUUUGCUGAACGAUUAAUGGGAAGCUUUUCUUUAGCUGUACCAGUGUUUGUUGCUCUCUCCUGCUUUGGAUCUAUGAAUGGUGGCAUUUUUGCAGUCUCCAGGAUGUUCUUCGUUGCCUCCCGUGAGGGUCACCUUCCGGAAAUUCUCUCCAUGAUUCAUGUCCGCAAGCACACUCCUCUGCCAGCUGUCAUUGUUUUGCACCCUCUCACAAUGAUAAUGUUAUUCAGUGGGGAUCUCUACAGCCUCCUGAAUUUCCUCAGUUUUGCCAGGUGGCUUUUUAUUGGACUGGUAGUUGCUGGCUUGAUUUAUCUCAGAUAUAAACGUCCUGAUAUGCCUCGUCCUUUCAAGGUGCCUCUAUUUAUUCCAGCAUUGUUUUCCUUCACCUGCCUCUUCAUGGUUGCACUGUCACUUUACUCCGAUCCAGUCAAUACAGGGAUUGGAUUCGCAAUAACCCUGACUGGAGUUCCUGCCUACUACCUCUUUAUUGUCUGGGACAAGAAACCAAAGUGGUUCAGAAAGCUCUUAGACACUGGAACUGAAGCAUUGCAAAUCCUCUUGGAAGUUGUCCCAUCAGAGGAGGACCAGAAAUCAUGAUCUGCAUCUACCCAAAAACGCAGCCUUUGGCUUGAUGUUUCAUUUCAACCUGAGGAAGAGCGUGCGGAGAUGUCUUCCUCCUCCUAGUGCUCUGCAAAUUGGAGGAACAAAUCACAGCUGAGAUGGAUACUGAGUGCAUCAGUUGCCAGAACUGUAUUUUAUGAUGUUGCAAUUUAUUUUUUUUUUUUUUAAAGUGUGUUUGGUUUAUACGUAGAGAGCAAGAAUUUAUGCCAUAAGGACUCUUGAACUAUUUUUUGUUAGUGUUGUGUUUUAAUGAAACAUAGAUUUUUCAAACAAGGAUUUUUGUUGCAUUGUCACUGAAAAUAAGUUUAAGCAUUGUGUAAGUAAUAGUCAGGUGUACUGUGAUGAACGUAUCCUACUUGCUGUCCUGAAGAACCUACUCUGACUAGGGAAAGGGGCAGAUAAAGCUGCUGAGUAUCACUUAAUAAUGUUCUUCCUCUCCCUCUGUUUGGCAACCCUAGUUUACUUAUGUCUUGCUUGGAGCACCAGUGCAUUGAUGCAGAAAUACAGUGGUUUCUACUGCGUUUGUGGUGGUGAGAUCAAGGUAUAACAUAACACAUAAAAGCAUCUUCUGAGAAUUAGUAUUUCUACCAGCGGGACAGGUAGAUUUUAGCCUAAGGGCAGUAAUUUUAUACAUGUUCAAGUUUCUACCAGUCAAGAAAUUAUGACUAUUUUUUGCCAACGCUUCUUUUCUGUGUGUAUGGGAAAUACAGCAACAGAGUAAUUACCUUCAGAUCGGUAUUUGAAUCCGAUCUCCGUUGUUAUAUGAAUAUUUUCUAUCUGGAAGCAUACGAAUGUGCAUUUAUCAGUCAGGCAAACAGGAUUUUAGAGUUUUAGAUAAUUACUUGUGGUCAGCAGAUGAAUAAUGGUCACUGGUUUUAUAAUCUGCGGGAAUUUUGUAUAGACACGGCAAUAAAUGCAGUACUGUUUUAUGAGUAAGGUGUAAGGCAAGCUACAACAGAUUGGCUGAUUUGAGUUGGGAACACACCUAAUCUGUGGGUUUUUUAUUCAAGCACACUCCAAUUAAUCGGGCUUUGAAACACCCAGGGAACAGGUGCUCUGCCAUCUUCUUCCUGGUUUUAUCUCAGCUGAAACAGAGAAAAUCUAUCAAAACUGAUAAAAUCAAACCAAAUUGAAGUUUCCCCUUCAGAAUGAUGUUUGAUCUGAAAGCUGGCUCAAAUAUGAGCUGAAAUUUUGCCCUUUAAAAAAAAAAAAUGGAGAUAAGGAAUUUUUUUAAUGCUUAAAAAUUCAGUUUUAUACAAUUAAUCAGAGACUACUCAACCUUAAGACUGAGGUUUGUUAGCGCUCUGUUAAGAAUAUAAUGCUUAAAUACUGGAUGCACUACUUUUUUAGCUGUUUGCUAUUAGCAAAUUGUACGUUUCAUGAAAGCUUUUAUGGAACUAAGCAACAUUAGACUUCCUAAAUAGGGAGGAAAGCACAACUAAUGGCCAGACCACUACAGUAAAGGGAGACUGUAUUUUGUACAUGUGUUGUAUAUAUCCAGAAUAUUUACCAUUUUAAAGGUGUACAGUAAAAUAUCUUAAAAUUCCUAAAUGUUUUUCUUUCUUGUAUUUCUGUAGCGGAAUUUCAUAGAAGUAGGGAAAUGGGAGUAACUGAUGAUCUAGAAGAGUGGUAAUUUAAGAGAGCAUUCUCCAAGCUUUUUUAACUUUAAAUAUUUGCUGUUUACGGUAACUUAAAGUGUUAUUUGAAACUUCUUUUAGGCAAACAUUUUGAGCUAGAUUUUUGUGCUGACAGCUCGUGCGUUUAGCUGGUAUUUACACACGGGGCAGAAGUGUGCUUUUGAGGCUGUCUCCUGCCCCAUCCCAGUCCCCCACGUUUUGGCCUGCGUCAGCAUGGAGCACCUUAGGCUUACACCAUUUCCAUCCAUUUCUCAUGGAACCAAAGGGUUUUUGCCCUCCGGGAGCAGGCCUAUCACAUUCCUUGUUUGUGGAAUCCCGCCAGAGCAAAGCCUCCUCCACACUGAUACUGUGGGCAGUGGGUCUUGCACAUCCGCUGUUCAACUCCAUGUAUUCGCUCCUAUUGUGCCGCAUUACUUGAAAAUUUAGAUGUAGCCAGUGUUAAUUUGUAGAAAUAAAUGGCUCUGCAGGGGUAACUGAACGUUACUUUAUUUCUGUUGUUUUUGCCGUCACGGACUUCAAAGUUUAGGAAUGUUUCUGAAGUCUGACCCAAUGACUGUAUUUUGCUGUAUUUUCUGUUCAUGUAAGGGCUUCAUUUGUCCUGAGAGAGCUCCUUUGACUCAUUGUUUGUGAAGAUGUAUAUUUUGGGAGAAAAAAAUGUUACUUGCAAAAUAAAAAAACAGAGUUUUUUGAAAA